AUGAAGAUUCCAAAAGUAGAAGCAGUUAUAAAAAUUCUAAACGCAUCCAACAUUAAAAGAUCAGUGUCUACUAAAAAACCAAUACCUAUUAAAUCAUCCAUUACGAUACCCACCAAAGCAUCCACGACAACGUCCACCAAAGCACUCACAUCGACGACAUCCACCAAAGCACUCACCAAAGCAACAUCCAUCAAAGCACCCACGCCAACAUCCAAAGGAUCUACAACAAAAUCCACAGCCACAAAAUCAUCGUCUAUCAAAAGAACAUCAACCACCACAACCAAUUUACCCACCAUUUCAACGAAGAUUACUAAUAAUAAAAAACCAAUGACCAUAAUUAUUCCAAAUAAAAGGAAGUCAACAAUUACUGUUUCAAAUGAUUGUUCAAAUGAUUGUUCAAGCAAUAAAAGGAAUUCAACAACAACAAUAGCAAUAUCCAAAAAACCAAUUUCUCCAAUUCGGAAAAAGACUAAUUCUUAUCCGAAACUCAACGUCACUACAACACCGACAAAAUUAGACAUAUCAAGAUCCAAUUCUUCAACGGGAAUCAUGUAUGUAUUUAAUUUAAAUUUUUAA